ACUAUCAACAAAAAAAGUUUACUUCUGUUCUGGGGAUGUGAGAGCGUGCGACUGCCGAGGAGGGAAAGAUAUCUUGUUAUAUCUUCGGACUGGAUGAAAAUUGUGCCGGGAAAAUGGCUGAAAAAGGGAACAUCGAGAAGUCCAAUCCAGUGGAGGCGACAGCCAUGGCUAAGCAGAUUCGCGAGCAACACGAGAGUAGCGGCUCGGUGUUGUCCCGGCCGCGGAAGACCGGCAGCGCUGGCUAUUUCUCGGAGCGCUUGGCAAGCCUUUACGAGGUGGACUACUCACCCAAGACGGCCAAGCCCUCAGAGCCCCGUCCGUGCUCCGUCACCAGGAGGAACAAUCCACACCCAUCUCACAUGUUUAUGAAUUGGAAGGUGCCGACGCGUCUGAUCGUCGACGAGCCGACCUACCAGCAGCAACAGGAGCGAUUGUUGCUGGAUAGCAAGCAGCGCUUCUAUGAGGACAUCAACGGUGAACGCAAAUACACGAGCACCGGCGGCAACAACGUCCUGAAGGAAGUGGGUAUGCUUCGCGGGAUGAACCCCUCCCUCCUGCCAUCUCGCCGGACGGUCCGCACCUCCACCACCCACCACGUACCUGCCUACGGGAUGCUCAAACACUCCAGGGAAAAGGACAUGGAGGAGGAGUUCAAGCAGGCGUCCGGGGUGGGGGGCAAGGCAGCGACGCCCGGGGUGCCCAAGUUACCCGCAGUGCCUCAAUCACCACGGAAACAAAGAGGAAGCCCUGAUCUCAAUUCGCAGAUGUCGCGCAACCUGCGGCCCCGAGCCGUGCCGGCCGCCCAGAACUGGCUGAAGACGGCCGGGAAUAGCGAGACCAAGAUCAUCAACAAUGCCAUGAAGGCGGCCGACCUGGAUAGGACACUGGGACGCACCCUGCAGCCUGACGCCAAGAAGGCUGUGGAGAAGUGGCUCACGACCGCCAAUGAAAAAGAUCGCGAGGUAGCCAUUGAGUUUUUCGGCUCGCUGGCUGGCAGCAAGCUGAUGGGUGCGAAGGACGUCAUCUCCGACCAUCAGAUUCACACUGACUGCAAAGGCCAGGCGACGUGCAAGAUAUGUGACGGGGCUAGGCUCCAGCAGGUCAUGGACGCGCUGAAAAAAGGGAAACCUGUAGCAUCUAUCACCCUCAAGAAGGACCCUAAGCAACCAGGGCAGGUGGACCGACGCCUACAGCUUCUGACCCCCUAUACCCGCAGCCACAAGAACGAGUUCCAGACCUGGCACCACCUGCCUGUCUUCAAGCACACCGGGCCGGUAUCCAACACCAUCGCGCUCUUCACGCGACCCCAUCGACCAAUCCCAAGACACUUCACCAUCCACCCAGAGUGGGAAUAGUUCCAAAAUAUUGCAUUUUAACUACUCUUUUUUUUUAAACUCAAUUAUAACCACACCAUAUUAAAAUGUAGCUAAAGAGUAACCUUACAUGUAUAUCCGAGAAUUCGAGCAGGUUCAGUGUCUACUUUUACAUGCUUCUUCACUCGUUAAAAACAUGUACCUUAUAUUUGAAAAAAAAAUCCAUUUACUGAAUUAUAACCACGUUUAAAAAAAAAACGUAGCUCGAGAGUACUUUUUUGGUAUUUAUUAAAUAACACAAGUGAGACACUAAUACUUAAUAAAAAAAAGUAGAAUCAAUGGAAAAAUAUUUGAUUUGUUGAGUAAAUGUUGACAUAAAAAUAAAAAGUGCUUAAAAAUUGCUCACACUCAGUUGUGCAUUAAAAUUAAGAAAAUGUACUAAGAAAUUACUUCGACAUGAGUGUGUAAGUUUGAACCUAUAUGUUGCCAUGAUCAAAAGGGUUCAAAGAACAACUGUUAUUUUAAGAAAUGAAAAUUUCAGCUCGAAAGAAACCACUUUUUGUUUAGUUGUUUACUGAUAAAGUAAUACAUUUUAGUUUUGUACUGUCUGCUGGCAUGCUAAUGGUACGUAUUUUUUGGUGUAUUUAAUGGUUUACGGUGGGUUUUGUGUUACUGCUUUGUGUCACUUCUUUAAGUGAAUAUUUGGUCAAAUACUACACAUACCGUAUCUUCACAAUAUUUAUAACAUUCUCACCCUACAAACCUGCUGGGUCUUUCAGUCUACACUGUUGUUGCAAAACAAAAUGUUGUUUUUAGUUUUUGAAAGUUUAUGUUACGAAUUGUAAAAGCUUUAUGCACAAUAAAAUGCUCAGCACUUUAA